AAACUUGAGAAGAAGAGCGUUUCUUGGUUGUCCUCUUUUGGCCUCUUUGUUCGUUCCACUCGAAAUCCGUGAGAUCUCGCGGGGCGGGUUGGCAGAUCCGAUCUGGAGAUCGGAGUCGCGGCGGAGGGAUCUAGAUCCGCCGGCGACACCGUGGGAGUUCGACGGAAGUGCACCAUCGACGGAGCGGACCUCAAUCGUUGCUUCGAUCUGUGGGUGUUUGCCUUGUUGUUCGAUCUUCUCGGCGGCAAUGACGGCAGACGCGGAGAUCAAUGGUUUGAAGCUGGAGAACCCUUUGGAGGACUCUGUUGAUGAGACCUUGGUUGAUGGUGGAGAGUUGGAUCUGCAGACGAGGCAUGACGGGGUGGAUCAAAGUCCGAUCUUGGAGUCGGUUAAUGGGGAGGAGCGAGAUCUGGGAGAGAAGGCGGUGGGGAUUGAUGGUGUUUGUUGUAAUGCGGAAGUGAAGGAUAAUGGGGGUUUGCGUGGUGAUUUGGGAUCUGAAAAAGUGGAGAGUUGUGAUCCGGGAUCAGAAUCGGAUCGUGAAGCGAAACCUGAGGUUGGGGUUUCGGCGGUGGAGGGAGAUGAGGUGGAAGAGGAGAAUGAGGCUGUGGAGAUCGUUGGAGAGGUUGAGGAGCCGGUGGCAUUGGAAGAGGAGAAGGAGAAGGGUGAGGAGGGUGAGAAAUUGGGGGAAUCAUACUGAGUUUCUGGUUGAAGAGAUAAAGGAGAAGGAGAAUGUAGUUGCGGAGGAGAUAGGCAGAGAUGAAUUAGGAGAAAACUUGAAGGCUGUUGUGGUUGAAGAUGCCAAGGAAUCCGAGAGUAUGGUUGCGGAGAAGGGCAGUGAUGAAGCAAUUGAAAGUCGUGAGAUUGUGGUUGAAGAGGCAAAGGAGGCUGAGAAUAUUGUGGAAAGGGCUCUUGAGUCUGAGGAUUUGGUUGCGGAGAAGGGUGUUGAAGUAGUAUCAGAAAUCCAUGAUGAGGCACCCGAAUCUAAGAAUGUUGUUGCAGAGACUAGUAGUGAAGAAGUACUGAAAAGCCAUGAUCUUCUGAUUGAAGAGGCACUGGAGCAAAAGGAUGUGGUUGCAGAGACCGGCGGUGAAGAAAUAUCAAAAAGCAGUGAUUUUGUGAUUGAUGAGGCACCAGAGUCUAAGGAUGUGGUUGCGGAGGGUGGAAGUGAUGCUGAUGAGAUAAGCAGUGAAGAAGUAGUGAUCAAAGGGUCCCCGGUGUCUGAGAAUGUGCUUGUAGAGAUGGACUCUGAUGAGAGAGUAUCAGAGGAGAAGGCAGAGGAUGCGCGGGAGUAUAAGAAUGUGGAAACCAGCAGUGAACAAGUAUCUGAAAGUCCUGAACCUGUGAUUGAAGAGGUAGUGGAACUCAAGGAUGUGGCUGCAGAGCAGGGUAAUGAAGAAGUGACAAAAGUUGCUGAGCUUAUUACCGAGGAGGCAUUGGAAUCUGAAUAUGUGAUUGUAGGGUCUGGUAGUGAACAAGUAUCUGAAAGGACUGAUCUUAUGAUCACGGAGGAACCAGAGUCUGAGAAUGUGGUUACAAAGACUGCCAGUGAGGAAGUAGAAUUGAUGAAAAAGCAUGAUGUUCUGGUUGAUGAGAGCAGGGCUCAUGGGCAAUAUGAACAGGAAGAGCCAGGAUUAGAGACUAAUGUAGACGAUGCGGUUCCUGAAGCAGCUAAAGUUGAAGAGAAGGAACAUCCGGAGGUUUUGAUCUCAGUGACUGCGACAUCUGAAUCCAUUGUUGUCAAGCCUGAGGAGGCUUUAUCAACAGAUGUGGCUCAACAAACUCAGAAAGUUGAUGCCUUUUGUGAGAAGGAUGGCCCAGCCGAUCAGGUCCGAAAAGAUGAAACCUUGGGGGAGAAUGGUAAAGCCGGUGGACCUGUUAAAAAAGAUGAUGCCUUGGGGGAGGAUGGACGUCCAGCUGCUGAAAUACAGGCAAAUGAAGCAUCACUUGAGAAUGGAACUGAUGACAUUGGAAGCGAUGUGGUCUUGUGUGAGAAUGGGGUUGCACGAGAUUUGAAGAUGGAAGCUGGGUCAGAGGCUUAUGAAAAUGGUCAUGCUACAUUGUUGGCGAAUGAGAAACUAGAGGAUCAUGUUGUUGCCAACGGUUCUGAGGUCAGUACAUGCACUGACAUUGAUGAGCCUCCGCUUUCUGUUGUUGCGGAUGAACUUGUUGAUAGCUCUAAUGAAGCAGACCUUCCCGUCAGCAAAGAUAAUGACGAUAAACUUAGUUCUAAUGAACCUAUGACUGUUAAAGAAACUGGGAAGGUGGACAAACAAGCGGUGAAACCACAGAUAUAUUGGUUGGCCAAAAUUCCUUGGUACCAUAACCCUGAGUUAGCGGCACAGAUAAAGCAUGUUCAAUCUCAACGUGCAGAACUGGCAAUUGCUAAGAACAAGAUAAGCAACGAGAUACGUCAGCAAAGGGAAAUUGUUAACAAAAGUAAAGCGUUGGUGGAGGCAGCAAAAGAAGUAGAAAGAGCUGCACGUGAUACGGAAAGUGAGAAGAAAAAGGAGAUCCAAGCUGUUCAGUUGAAGAUUGGCAACUUGAUUGGUGACUUGAAGAAUGCUAACUUGAUUGAUGGCAUUGAUGAUCAGAUAGCUAGCUUGGAGCGGACACUACAGCAUGAAACUAUGACUUUGAAGCAAGAGAAGCAAUUAGUAGAAGAAAUUAAGAAACUGAAAGAGCGUCGUGAAAAGCUUUCUUCUGGUAUGGAUCCAGAGAUGCAGAUUAAAGAGGCACUUGACCUAAAAAACCAGAUUUCAGCUAGUUUAAAGGAUUUGAGAAAGGAGUUGGAUCCGGUAAAGUUUGAGAUCAAGCAAGCAACAAAACAGAGGUAUGCUGCUACGGAGAAACAUAAAAAAGAAGAGGACUGUCUGAUUGUACUUGAACAAAAGCAGAAACGUGUUGAUGAGGAUCGUAAAGCUGCAUUUUGGUUAGAGGAGAAGCUCAAGGGUGAGAACAAGCAUUAUCUGGAAUAUAAAGCUGAUGAAACAACUGCUAAAUCAUAUUUGGCUUCAGGAGAUCAGAGGAUAGCUUGCCAUUGCGAUAAUCAGGUAGAGAAGGUGAUGAAGUUGUGGAACACAGAUAGCCUGUUCCGCAAGAAAUAUGUUGAAUCCAAUGUAAGAAGCACAUUAAGGAGACUUAAGACAUUCGAUGGAAGGUCUCUCGGCCUCGGUGAGCAGGCACCUGAAAUGCCUAGCAUUGAAGCUAUGGGAUCAGCCAAUGUAUCAACAAUGCCUUCCUCAAACAGCAAAACAUCUUUGCCAGUUUCUGCUCAAAAACCUGAAAAGGAGAAAAUCAGUGCAAUCACUGAAGUGCAAAAUAAAGAUUCUGCAGCAACCUCUAAUUUGUUGCAAAAGAAUCAACCGGUGUCUUUGAGAAAGACCACCAAGGUGAUGUCUGAAGAUAUCUCAGUUACUGUUUUGGACAGUAAGGAGAUUGAAGAUGAUAAGGUAGAGAAGAAGCUAACUAAGGAAGAAGAGGAAAUGAUGAGAAAGGCGGAAGAGCUGGCAAGGAAAGAAGAGGAGUUGAGAAAAGCAAAACUCGAAGCUGAGCUCAAGGAACGUCUUCGGGAGGAGCAGAAGGCCAAAGCCAAGGAGGCUGAAGACAGAAAGAAAAAGCAAGCUGAGAAGGCCCAAGCAAGAGCUCAACUCAGAGCGCAAAAGGAAGCCGAGCUCAAAGAAAAGAAGAAAGCAAAGAAAGAGGAGAAAAAAAGGAAAGUAGCUUUUGUCGCCACUGCUGAAACAACUGAUAAAAAUGUUGAAGGAGAUAAUGAUCCAAAUACGAAAAGCACUGCUCCAGAAACUGUCACUGAACCAGAGAUCAAAUUCACAACUACUUCAAGGAGGCCACCAUUGACAAAGAAAUACAAUAAAAUGGAACCAAUUCCCUUGCCUCUGCGUAACAGAAGCCGGAGAAAGAUGAAGAGUUUGGUGUUGAAGGGGCUCGGCAUCACGGCAUUGCUACUUGUCAUCGUGUUUUGCUUAUACAAGUUCCUGCCCUCUUCCCAAUCUAGCCAAACAAACAUAGGUUAUUAAGCAAUUAGUGAUAAUUAUAUAGAUCAUUAGCAUUACCGAUAUAUUUAUUUAUAUUAUAUAUAUAUAUAUAUAUAUUUAUAUUUUCAAAUGAGCUAUUACCAACAGGUCGGAAUCAAAGGUUUCUCUUUAUACAUUGUUUUGGAGUUGGGACUAGUUUUUUCUUAUCUUUGGUUGGAGGUUUUCAUUUUCUUUGUUCUUUUGUUCUUCUUUAUGUGUUUGCAAAUUGGAAGAACAUUAAUACCAUUCAUAAUUUGAUUAGAACUGGUUCUAUAGUUGGCAUUGUGAAAGUUUCA